AAACGCUCCCGAUCCAUGGUUGGCACCGGGCGGCAGCGCCGGCCCCGCUCUGCCCCACACGGCCGAGGGGGGAGUGAGGUGACCCCAAGAUGGCGGGUGGGGGGGGUCCCAAGAUGGCGGCGGCCCCAGACGGCGGCUCUGGGGCGGCGGGACCCGCUGGACGACCCCAUCACGGGCCCCUCACGGCGCCGGCGGGCGGGUUCCCCCGGCCGGGCACGCCCGCCCUCCCCAGGCCUCUCGCCGGGGCGGCGGCCGGGCAGUACCGCCUCCGCGGGGCUGUGGCGGCGGCGCACAGCCAUGCAGCUCCGCGGCGGGAUGCCGCCCGCGCGGCUCUUCCUCGCCCUGUGCGUCUGGAGGCUGGUGCCGCGCCGGGAGGCCGCAGGAACAGAUGAAGUGGUCUUUGGGCAGGUGGGAGGAAGCAUCCUCCUUUUAUGCCGCAACGUGUCCAAGGAAGCCACCGAGGUGGUCUGGUACCAAGGGGAUCCACAUUUCUUCCCACCUCUCUUCUCCUCGAGGGUCUCCUUCCCCCCGGACGUUCGCUUCUCCCUGGUGGACAACAGCUCCCUGAGCAUCACGGAGCUGCGUGUGCAGGACCAGGGCAACUACACCUGCAGAGAAGUGCUGAACAGGACGGACCACGAGCACAGGGUGCAGCUCGUGGUGGCCAAUCCACCACAGGCAGCCCCAAAGUGCUGGGCUGAGACCUCCUCAUCGGGGCUGAUGCUGCAGCUGUUCUGCAGCUGGCCUGGGGGGUACCCCCACCCCACCCUGCACUGGAGAGAAGAGGGGCAGGAUUUGGAGAACUCCAGCUGGGUCAUCAGCUCCACUAGCUCCUCGGACACCCACGUGGAGACGCUGAACAGCUCCCACCUCUCCCACCGAAAGGUCUUCAAGUGUGUGGGCAGCCACGUGGUGAAGCAGGAGCAGCCUGCCUGCACUGUGGAGAUAAAACUCCCUUCCCUGGAAUCUGAGCCCCCCCAGACCUGCUUUGUGGGUGACAAUGUGACCCUGACGUGCCGGGUGACCGAGAGCACCCCGGCAGCUCGGCUCAGCUGGCUCCGGGACAUCAGCCAGCCCGAGGUGGAGAUCCAGCCUGGGGGGAGGUUCCUCAUCGCCCAGGAGGGCAACGUGUCCUGGCUCACCAUCCAGAACUGCUCCCAGGCCACUGACGGCGGCUGCUACGUCUGCAAGGCCCAGAACCCCGUGGGGCUCAGGGAGCUCUUCGUCUGCCUCACGGUGAAGCAGCCAGUGAACAUCGUUGGGGUCGUGGGUGCUGUGGUGGUCCUGUCCCUCCUGGCUGUUCUCACCAUCACUGGGGUUGUGUUGUACUACAAUCCCCUCCUGUGCCUCAGAGGUGCUGCAUUCAGGAAUGCAGACUCAGGGGAUGUCCUAGUGCUGGUGGACUCUGAAGAUGAUGAGGAGGGGAAGGGCUCUGAGGAGGCCCUGAGCAGCUGCACCGAGCACGAGGCCAUGGCACUGGUCGGUGGGAGCAGGGCCCCGGCUGCUCACCUGAACCACCUCAUGGAAGGUGACGAUGACGAGCUCCAUGGCGGGGUCUCUCCAUAGGAAGUGAGACAAGAGACACGAGGCUCGUAGCUUCUAUUCCUCCUUGAGGAAGCACACGGAGCUCCAGCUGGAAUCCAGCAUCAAGCAGGCCCCUCACUGUGUGUGGCUGAGCACAGGCUGUCAGUGUCCUGUCCCAGGACACUUCAGGCAGAGCCUUCCCACCUCUCUCUCCACCUGCCCCUUCCACAGUUUCACUCCAUCCUUCCCCAGCCAUGUUUCUCCAUUUUUCUCUCCUCUUCCAUUUUCCUUCUUGUCGUUGGUGUCCCUAAAACAAGGUGACACCCAGCACAGGCAGAAUGGGAACCCCCCUCACUUUAUGCCUGUGAUGAACUCGAGUUCCCAUGUGGGAUUCUGGCUCAGUCCCCAUGAGCAGCUGUGGGAUGGAGAAAAUCACCAUGGGGCUGCAGUGGUCCUGGGGCAAGGGAAGAAGCAAGGGGUGUGUGGGCAGGACAUGAGUGACACUCACUCUGGAGAGGCUGAAUUAUUUGUAUUAUAAAUAUUUUUCCCCUAUUCCUUAUGCGAUGUUGCUGUGUGUCCAAGUCAGGAGUUAAAUCUGUUCCUUGUCAAGUGUGGGUGUAGGGUAAUGGGGUCAUGAGCACACAUGUGGGGGGACAAAGGGGACCUGCCAGCACACAGGGGGUGGCAGGGGGGCCUGAUGGCCCAUGCAGUGGAAGGGAAGCACUCCUGGGAUACACAGAGAGAAACAGGAUCUGCACUGUGGGUGAAGUCUGGGGGGCUGAGCCAUCCCUGGGGUGUCAGAACAGGGGGAGCUGGG